ACCAACUAGACCGUAUAAAUAUACGUAUUUUCAUUGUUCACCUACAAAAACAACACUGAAACGCUCCACGCGCUUCGCUGCUUUCUUUCUACCUUCCCUCCUCCUCCGCCGCACACAGCGGUUUCUUCUUUCUUUUUUUCCACCAUCGCCACUCUCUGUAAGAAAAUUCCGAUAAUAAUAAAAUUCUUUUGUUUCUUCUUCAUCAAUAUCAUUUUUUAAAAUAAUUCCCGCCAAAACUCAUUGUCCCUUUUAGCGUUAUACAUAUAUAUUAGUCGUGAGUUUCUUUAUCGAACAGUAAGUGUUGGGAGGAAAGUGAUUUCUAAGUUUUGUUACUAGGGAAAACCGGGUUAAAAUUUUCUUUCCAGAAGUUUCGAAGAAUUUGGUGUUUCGGUUUAUUCAUAACUUGACGACAGUUAGGGUUUCGGUGAACGGAAUGAUUUAAGCGGUGGCUUUCUGCUUCCGGUUCGAGGGGAAAAAAAAGAGAUUGUAAAGUCUUUUUUCCGUAACAAUUGGAGUGCAGUGUUGUAAUUAUUUUGGGAACGAAUUUUUUUUUAAUUUUAAAGUUGGAAAAUUCUUGAAAGCGAAGUGGCGUUGGUUUCUGUUGACUUUUGUAUUUAAAGAACUGAAAAAGUUAGGGGGUUUGGAGUGGUGGAAUUGUUUAGCGUGGUUGAUAAGGUAGGCGAGAUGUCGUUGUCUUUAAAAAUGGAAAUCGAUCCAGUGGAAGACGUUACUUGUUUGAACCCUGAGCUUUUGCAGCUUCCUGAAGUGUCCCCAUUUGCACUAAAAACCACUCCUCUACUUGUCGAUGACUUGUUCUCUCAAUGGCUUUCACUUCCGGAGACUGGCAAUCUGGUGAAAUCUUUGAUCAAUGAUGCAAAGGCAGGGACUGCAGUCAAUGCCUGUGCAAACUUUUCUAAUGUAAAUGCUGUUGGGAGCAACUCAUUGCCUUCCAUGUUUUCCAGUGUCAAUGCACCUCCACUUUCUCCAAGAAGCUCAUCGGGUUCUCCUCGCUCAUCAAAGCAGAAAUCCAGCCCUUCAGCUCUUGGCUCUCCAUUGAAAUUAUUUAGUGAUCCAAUGCAAGAAGUCAUUCCACAGUUUUAUUUCCAAAAUGGUUGUCCUCCUACAAAGGAAUUGAAAGAACAAUCUCUUUCUAAAAUUAAUCACCUUUUCAAUAAUCCUCUAAAUGGAUUGCUAAUAGAUGAGUUUAAAACAGUGACAAAGGAAGUUUGCAAGCUACCAUCUUUCCUAUCUUCCGCGCUUUUUAGAAAGAUAGAUGUAGACUGCAUGGGAAUAGUGACCAGAGAUGCUUUCAUUACGUAUUGGGUGGAUGGCAAUAUGCUGACAAUGGAUGUAGCCACUCAAAUAUUUGAAUUUCUUAAGCGGCCAGGCCACAAGCACCUCACUCAGGUUGACUUCAGACCCAUUCUUCGAGAGCUUUUGGCAACCCAUCCAGGAUUGAAAUUCUUGCAAAACACACCUGAAUUUCAAGAUAGAUACGCUGAAACUGUCAUAUACAGAAUCUUUUAUCACAUGAAUAGAUCGGGAAAUGGCCGUCUUACCCUCAGGGAGCUCAAACGUGGAGAACUGAUUUCUGCCAUGCAACAAGCAGACGAGGAAGAUGACAUUAAUAAAGUCCUUAGGUACUUCUCCUAUGAGCACUUCUAUGUUAUAUACUGUAAGUUCUGGGAGUUGGACACAGACCAUGAUUUCUUCAUCGACAGAGAAAACCUCAUCAGAUAUGGCAAUCAUGCCCUUACCUACAGAAUCGUUGAUAGAAUUUUUUCACAGGCUCCUCGGAAGUUUGCUGGUGAUGUAGAAGGGAAGAUGGGUUAUGAAGACUUUGUUUACUUCAUGCUCUCAGAGGAGGACAAAUCAUCUGAACCUAGUCUUGAAUAUUGGUUCAAGUGCAUUGAUUUGGAUGGAAACGGUGUGCUCACUCCAAAUGAAAUGCAAUUUUUCUACGAGGAGCAGCUGCACCGAAUGGAAUGCUUGGCCCUAGAACCUGUGCUCUUUGAGGACAUAUUGUGUCAAAUAAUUGACAUGAUUGCACCCGAGAGAGAAGACUGUAUAACAUUACAGGACUUGAAAGGGAGCAAACUUUCAGGAAAUGUUUUUAACAUCCUUUUUAAUCUUAAUAAGUUUGUGGCAUUUGAAACCCGUGAUCCAUUCCUCAUUCGGCAGGAACGAGAGGAUCCAACUUUGACAGAGUGGGAUCGGUUUGCACAUAGGGAGUAUAUCAGGCUUUCAAUGGAAGAAGAUGUUGAAGAUGCCUCAAAUGGAAGUGCUGAUGUAUGGGAUGAGUCCCUUGAAGCACCAUUCUAAAAUCCCCGAAGCUAGUUUCGUAGGACCCUUUGUCAAACAUAUUCGAGAUGAAUGAAGAGUGGCUACAUGGAGAUAUAGCUGAUCAGAUUAUCAGCCAAAUAGCAUUUUACAUGUAUAUGUCUACCAGCAUGCUAUAUGCUCGCCCUUUUGCAAAUUUAUGCUGCGCUGCACUGAAGACUUAAGUUUGACGCAAUGAAAAUUGUGCUGCUAGGGAAAGCCAAUUGCUUCAUUCAAAAAGGGGAGAGGAUAAUCGAUGAUCCCUUCCCUGCCCUGCCCCUUAACUAAACCAUCAGCCACCCGGGUAUCAACUACAUUGCUAGUAUGGGUCCCCCCGAUGGGCUCUUUCCUUUCCUUUCACUGCUGUUUUUUCUUUAACAUGCUCUUCUGGGAUUCCACUGGAGUUUCAGCAUAAUGUAAAAGAUUAUUUGGGAGGAAGAAUUUCGUAGACCUAUGUUCUUUUUAUUAUUAUUAUUUCUAUCCUGGUAAUGGUGAAGUGUCUUAAUUUGGUACUAGAUUAAGGCCUGGUUCUUCA